GGACUUGAACUGGUGAAUAAACAAGCCGUGGUGCAGAGGCAAAUGGUUUAGUGUUAUUGACUCCUCACUCUUCGUUUCAUGUUGAUGGUUGAACAUAUUUUAGGAUAACAACAUCGCCUCUGACACACCGCUUUCUGCGGACUAACCUGUGGGAACGAUGUUGUUGUGAAGGAAGUGGGCAGUCGCGUCCCACGCACAGGAAGCUUUUCCGGUGAAAGUUUCCUUUGUGAUUGUGAAGUGGCAGCGGGAUGUUGAAGCAUAUCCUCCGACACAACAAAUAAGUGGCAACAAUGAUAGACACACUCCCUGCCUUCUGCUGACAUGGCAGGUCUCCACGUCAACGUUUGCUAACACAGGUCACUCUGUCAACAUGGCAUCAGUAGACUCACAGAAGGGGGAGGGGCCAAGCUCCAGUACUAUGGAAGUAAGUGGGUGUUCCGCCUCGGCCCCUAGCCCUCAGAGUGAAGCAGUGACCAACGAGCUUCAGGAGCUCUCGCUUCAGCCUGCUCCAAAUCUUCUGCCUCUGAAGGAGCGCAAGAAUGUCCUCCAGCUCAAGCUUCAGCAGAGACGCACUCGAGAGGAGCUCGUCAGUCAAGGGAUCAUGCCUCCUCUGAAGAGCCCUGCAGCCUUUCAUGAACAGAGGAAGAGUCUGGAGCGAGCAAGGACUGAGGACUACCUGAAGAGAAAGAUCCGCAGUCGUCCGGAGCGCUCCGAGCUCGUCAGGAUGCACAUUCUGGAGGAGACGUCAGCAGAGCCGUCUCUGCAGGCCAAGCAGCUGAAGCUGAAAAGAGCACGACUGGCCGACGACCUCAACGACAAGAUCUCUCACAGACCAGGUCCAAUCGAGCUGGUCCACAAGAACAUCCUGUCUGUGAGCUGUUCUCUGCAGCAGUCCCUGCUGGACUCUCCUAAAGGAGCCGGUGGGGAGAGCUCGUCUCUGGAUGAAGACAGCAGUGAUGCUCUGUCUCCUGACCAGCUGACCAAUCACGACUCUCCCCUGAGCACUGUCACUCAGCUGUCCCCCUCUGACGGGCUCACCCACAGUGGGGACAUGUCCCCCACGCAGUUUCUCACACAGCCUCCUCCUCCUCUGCCUCCUCCACCACCUCCUCUGGUCAAUAUGUCUGAAUCCUCCUCCCUCCCAAAGAUAUUUAAUGGGACCCCUCUGACUUCUGCGUCCCCCCGCCCCUCCUCUGGACAGGUCAAGUCUCAGGCUAAAACUGGUUCAGAGCGUCCCACACAGAGACCGAAGAAACCAAAGGACAACAAACCCAAGGUGAAGAAGCUGAAGUAUCACCAGUACAUCCCUCCGGACCAGAAGGCGGACAAGGAAAGACCCCCUCAGAUGGACUCAUCCUACGCCAAGCUGCUCCACCAGCAGCAGCUCUUCUUACAGCUGCAGAUCCUCAGUCAGCAGCAGCAGCACUACAACUACCACACCAUCCUGCCCGCCCCUCCCAAGCCACAAACUGAGCAGCCUCCCACCACCAGCUCUGCCCCCUCCCCAUCUCGCAGUGCUAACACCACUACCACCACGACCCCCUCUGGUCAGACCUCCACUGCCCGUCAGAGCCAGACUGCAGUGGGCAAAGCCAAACCAGCCUCUCUGCCAGCCAACCUGGAUGAGUUCAAAGUGGCUGAGCUGAAACAAGAACUAAAACUGCGUGGUUUGACCGUCUCCGGCACAAAGAAUGAUCUCAUUGAGAGGCUUCGUAACUACCAGGAACAGAGCAGCAGCAGCGCAGCGGUCCUGAAGACUGGACCAUGUCAGAGUGGCCCGCAGGGUUCCAGCACCAGCACCAGCUCUGAGCAGCUGGCAGCAGAGGGCGGGCUCAAGCUAGCCCUGUCCUCACUGGCUCAGGUGAUCCCAGGACGGCUCAUGAGGUUUGGCAGCACCAGCUCCAGCCCUCCCGUGUCCCCCACGCCGUCUGAGCGCUCUCUGGCUGGCCUGAGUCCGGACGAGGCCAGCUGUAAUGGAGACAUGUUUGGGGAGAUGGUGAGUUCUCCCCUCACCCAGCUCACCCUGCACCCCUCCCCUCAGCACCCCCUCUCACAGCCUUUCUCUGGUGUUAAAGAGGAGAUUCAGAGCUCCUGCAGCCUGGCCAGGUCCACGUCAGGAUCUGUGCAGCCCACAGAGUCCCUGUCUGGACUCUCCAUGGACUUCAUGGACAAAGACCAGAUGCUGCAGGAGAAGGACAAACAGAUCGAGGAGCUGACUAAGAUGCUGAGGCAGAAGCAGCAGCUGGUGGAGACCCUCAGGUCUCAGCUGGAGCAGGGCAAGAUGACUGCUGGGGUGGUGGUGAAGAAGGAAGGCAGCGAGCCGAGCAGAACCUUCCCCGUGGUUGAAGUCCAGUCUGUAAUAAAGGCCUCGGCCGUUCAGCCCCCCAUGGUGCUGACGGUGAAGGAAGAGGCGGAGCCUGAGGAGGAAAUGGAGGGUCUAACCAAGGAGGGUCAGGGGAAGAAGCCAAGCCAGGCCCUGCAGUGCUCCCAGGAGACUCUGCUGAGGCUCCAGCACAUCCAGCGGCUCCAGACUGAGCAACACAAACAGCAGCAGCAGGGUCAGGUGCAGCAGCAGGGUCAGGUGCAGCAGCAGGGUCAGGUGCAGCAGCAGGGUCAGGUGCAGCUGCACACAAGUCCUGAGGCUAAACAACAACAAGAGCAGAAACAGAAGGCUCAGAUCCUGCAGCAGCAGCAGCUGCAGCAGCUCAUCAUACAGCAAACCCAGCAGAAACUCACACAGCACAAGCUGCUGCAGCUGAAUCAUCUGAAACAAAGCCAACAGGAGGUCCAGGCCCAGCAGAAGAACCAGCUGAAGCAGGUUCAGAUCCAGAACCAGAAGUCUGCAGUUAGCCAAAGCCAGCAGAGGAGACAGCAGAGGGCUCAUCAGAGGCAGCAGCAGAAGCAGACAGCAGCAGCAGCAGCAGCAGCAGCAGCAGCAGCAGCAGCCUCCACACAGCAGGUGACUCCAGUCAUCAUCAACCAACAAAACAACACUCCACUUCACACUCAGGCCAUUUCAUUGGACCUGAAGGCCAACGGCACCCCCACACUGGUGACGGACAGCAACGGUAACCACUAUCUGAUCGCUCUGACCAGUCACACUGCAGACAGGCCCAACGGAACGUCCUCACUCCCCAAAAUCAAUGGACGCAUCACACUGCAGAGACUACAGUCGACACCCAGUAAACUCCCGAGCUCUGACAGCAAAUCCAAAGAGAGGACGGAGGCGGAGCCUGUGAGCCAACCAGACAGGAAGGGACAGAAGGCCGGGCUGCACCUGGACACCAGUGGUGUCCCCCAGCCCAGUUUGUCCCACACGGCUCCAGCCAGCCUGCAGCCUUUCUUUGAUGACACGUCAGACAGAGACAGCCAAACCAGCCUUAUGUCAUCUCUAAAGAGAGUGGACGUGUGUCCUCCAUACGACCGGCACACACUCUUCACCCCUCCCUCUCCUAAAUGCAACAUUUCUGUCCCUCCUCAGCGCUCCAAAGACAAUGGUGUGAACAACCAGCAGAUGGAUGAUCUGUUUGACAUCCUGCUCAGGAGUGGAGCCCACCCCCACAGAGCCUCUGGCGCCCCCCCAGCCCCCUGCAGGAGAAGCGUGUGGGGGCAGCGGACGUCUGGAGGACUUCCUGGAGAGCACCACGGGCAGCCCUCUGCUGGGCAUGGAGCCUGACGGUGGUCUGACGCUGAUCGACGACCUCCACAGCCAGAUGCUGAGCACCCCCAGCAUCCUGGACCACCCUCCCUCCCCCAUGGACACGUCGGACCUGGGCUUCUCCCCCCCCUCUGCGGGGCUGGACUUCGGGGUCCCCUCCUUGGACAGCAUGGACUGGCUGGAUAUCUCCAUGGGGACUGAAGGCGGAGGCAGAGGAGGCAGUGUGGCCGGGGGGACGAGUUUAGCCCCUCUGGCACCACACACCCCCCCGAGUGUGUUCUCUGCUGACUUCCUGGACAGUUCAGACCUGCAGCUGCACUGGGAGUCCUGUCUGUAGCUGCUGCUGCUGCUGCUGUGUACAGGCUGAGGCUUUAUUCUCUAUGCUGUCUCUACCACUGCUGGGGCACUGACACACACACACACACACACACACACACACACACACACACACACACACACACACACACACACACACACACACUGUCUCUUCCUGAGGACAAAUAUGCAACAAGUGAACUUCCUGUCAAACCUGAACCUGGUCAGAUAGUCGGAGCUGCAGUUGUCAGACAGGAAGCAGCAGA